AUGUCUAUCAGUCCCAACAAUAGUACCUAUAUUGACAAGAUCCACGAUCCACGAUCCACGAUGCCUUCUCCAUUACAAUGUAUUCCAUGGUUAGCUGUAUUAGUCACUGAAUGUCUGACCAUUGUCAUCCUCAAUGUCAUCAUCAUCAUUGCAUUUGUGAAGCAGCGCCAGCCACAGCGCCGGAGUAAAUACUUGAUCAUCCACCAGGCCAUAGUAGAUCUCUUAGUCGGUUUGGUGUACGGGCCUCUGAUGAUUGAAAGGUGCGGAAGCAUCUGCCAUCUGUGGGGCCACCAUAGACCUAAUAACACUUGGUUACUUAUUCUAGAAUAUGUUUUAGGUUUACAGGUCGAUCAAUUUUCCCUUUUAAACCUCGCUUUCAUUUCAUUAGAACGAGUACACGCUACAUUUCGUCCUUUCAAACAUCGAUUCAUUAAGAAAUGGGUUUAUGGAGUGAUUAUAACAGUCAUUUGGUUGGUGCCCGCCGUCAUGAACUCGUUCGUAUUAGGAAUAGUGCCCUCUCAUUUUUUCUUCCCCUAUGAUGCAAUUAUCGUUUUUGCAUUUUAUUUAACCCUACUUUUUGUCAUCGUUGUGUGUUAUACCUGUAUUUGUCUCAAAGUCCGUUGCAAUCGUCUUCCUCGGCACCAUGGUGCAGCUGGUGUGAGAGAAAGAAAACUGACGGGUACUUUAUUUCUUGUCACUUUUGGAUCGUUAAUAACGUUCCUGCCAAGGAUUGCAGUUGGGGGUUUUUGGGCUCUCAUUCUUGGGUCUGUUUCCAGAUUUUACGAUCAGUUAGCAUUUACUUAUUUGAUGUUAAUAGCGACAUUUGUAGUGGCCAACUCAUUGAUAAAUCCUAUAAUCCAUGCUAUACGAAUGCCUGAGGUAAGAACAAGCAUAUUAGUAAUCAUUUUCCUUAGGGCUCGGAACCCGAUAAAUCCAAUCAAUAUCCCACUUCAAAAUCUUUAA